AUGAGGCGAGAUUCCGUCUCCCGCAGCGCCAGAUCCGCCAAGGUCGGCGUUUGCGACCUCCUCUCGAGGUUGGUGCCCCUUCCCGACCAGUCCGCACCAUCGACCUAUCUCGUCACUCCAGAGAUCAGCUCUACUCUGCACAAGAACCUUUUUCGCCAUCUCCUAGAAAGCGUUCCAACCCCGGCCGUGCUCCUACCAUGCGAGCCCGGCACCAGCGUCCCUGAGGCCCUCGCCCUUCUCGCAACUUACGGCUGGAACUUGUCGCGCGCACAGAUCGAAGAGACUCGCCAAGUUGCACUCGCCCGCAAGAAGGGCAAGCAGGCUCAGCGCGCUCAAUCGCCUUGGUCGACUUCGAGCGCCUACGAUGAUGUCGAAGACACCGAUCUUCUCGGUCCAGAAUACUCGGAAGCUCGACGGGGGAUGCCGUGCGGCCAUCUUUUCCAAAAGGGCGAGGCUGUCUAUCGCUGCCGUGACUGCGGCCUUGACGACACGUGCGUGCAGUGCGCGCCCUGUUUUCUAGCCUCGAUCCAUGCACAGGAGAAUCACGAUGUUGUCUUUAGCGUCUCCUCUUCCAGCGGUGGCUGCUGCGACUGCGGUGACUCGGAGGCAUGGACCCGAGACGUAUGCUGCCGAUACCAUUCCGAAGCCUCCUCCAGCGCAAACCCACGUACCACCGAUAUGGAUCUCGAAGCCGAGUCGCAGGAGCAUCAGCAAGCUGCCUCUUCUGCCGCACUUACAAGCACUUCCGAAGAUGCCGAAGGUCUCGAACAGAUCGACGACGCUUUGGCAGCGCUUCCUGGCCAGCUGCGCGAGCCUCUCCUGGAUGCAAUCUCGGAGCUCGUUACGCUGAUCGUAACCGUCUUUGACCACGCACCAGAUUUCGAGGUGAUCCCUUCUCUCCACACGCCAGACUUGGUGUCCCACCUGCCCAGUCUCGAAGAUGGUCUCGUCUCGCAGCAGUCUAGCCGCACUCCCUCCAAACGCAAGAGCAGCACAUUGGGUCCGCAGGACAGCGACGAGGAUAUGAGCGCCGUUGAGGUCGAGAAUCUGGUCGGAGACAGUAUCGAUGAGGAUGAUGAACAUGACGACAUCAACGCAGACCGCAAUGCCUGGGGCUCACGUGCUCGUGGGGGCAGCCGCUCGAGCCCAGACAGCAAGUCGAUCGCCGAAGGCAGCAGCUGGCAAUCUGCGCCUCGCUCGCUGGAAGAACGAUCCAACCACGCCUCCGAGAACGUGAUGGUGGACUUUUUUUCGGCCUCUGCGUCGCGCAGAAAGUCAAGCUUGGAAACGGCAAAGUCCCAGAGUCCUCCUGAGACUAGCAACGCAAAUCGCCAAUUCGCUGUGCUCUUGUGGAAUGACGAAAAGCACAGCUUCAGCCAGGUCAUCGACAUUGUCACCGAUGCCACCGGCCGCUCCGAUCACGACGCAAAAGGCGUCGCAGAGCGCGUCGACAAGCACGGAAGAGAAAUCGUCGAGGUCGGACCCGACUUGCGUCGUCUCUAUCAGAUUGCACGGGUCUUGCAUUCCAUCGAUCUCGCCGUUACCAUCCGACCCGCCUUUGACGUCUUUGCGGAGGAGGUCAUCCAGCUCGUCCUCAACUUCCUUAUGGACCUUUCCAACUGCAACCUCUAUCUUCCCUCAUUGCAUGGUACCGACGCACGUCUCUCGUCGACAAUACCGUUGAGCGCUUGGCUCGGCCAGCCACUCAAGUCCGAUGCGGCGGCCUUCAAGCACAUUGUGGCCCGCAGCUUAUUUGCUCCCUUCCACCCGCUCAAGCCCAUUGAGACCGGAUCGAUGAGCCCGGACUUCUUCGACCCACGUCAUCUCACCAACUACGAGGGCCUGCUCCUGAUGGAUUGCAAGCUCUGGAAAUCGGCACGCAUCGACAUCAAGGCUCUCCUUAUGUCACUCAUCGCACGCCGAGAGAUCAAGAAGGAGAUCUCGUUGCGCUUCGCCAAGAUCUACCCUAAGCUGGUUGAGACGUUCAUGCUCAAGGAUCGUGAGCCGGAGUACUCCAUCUGCCUACUGACCGUACAGCUCUUCAGUGUACCCUCCAUUGCGACCAUGCUUGUCGAAAAGGUGGGCUUCCUGUCCAAGCUGCUCUUGCUCCUCCAGUCCAUCUUCGCAGGCUCGCUCAUCAACGAACAGAUUGAUCUCGUCCUCCCGCCACCGACGCCUCCCCAGAGUCAGGCCAACGUCCACCUCAUGUUUCUGCGUCAAUCUCGCAGCUACCACAUCUUUUACGACAUCCGAUACCUGCUUGCAUCUGAAGGCGUGCAGAAGCUCAUCGUAAGCGGGAGUCACGGCCACACGGACUCUUUCCUCAAAUGCCUUUCCCUCUUCCAAGCAAUCCACCCGUCGAAGCGCGCUGUUUCCGCCCACGUCGAAUUCGAGAGUGAGAUGUGGAUCCCCGUAUUCCACAUCAGUUCCCAUCUCGGCAAAGCCGGAAAGAUGUUUGGCGAGUCGUUUGCCCAUGCCACACCGGCACAGCUGGUCGACGCUAUCGUUGGCACCGUCCAGGCCAUCUGCUGGAGCUGUGCCAAGCUGUCUAGCACAGACCCGGACACGCAUCCGGAGGCCACUUUUCACGAUGUCACCUACAGCAUUGGCGCCGAGGCUGGUUCUAAGACGCUUCCCAUCAUCGCGUUCGCCGUCGAUUCGCAACCGGUCAGCUUCCACCACCCCAUGCACUGGCUCCUCGCCGAGCUCAUCAGGCAGCUCCCCAUGGUUGGACAUGACGCCUUGCAGAGAUGGUCUGGCUGUGAACGCCUAGGCGACUUGCUCCUCUCCCGCGUAGACGAGCAGAGCUUGCUCAUUGCGCUCGACUAUCCGCUGCGCGUCUGCGUCAAGCUCGCUCAGAUCCGUUGUAACAUGUGGGUCCGCAACGGUUUCGUGAUUCGGUCGCAGGCGCACCACUAUCGCGACAACUCGAUGCGUGGCAUCAUGUACGACCAGGACCUGCUGCUCAUCCAGGCCGGAUUCGCUCUGCUCGACACUGAGCGCUUCUUGCUUACCCUGCUCGACCGCUUCCGUCUCGUCAAAUGGUUCAAUUACUCCAACACGCCCAGCGACAGGCCCUACGACACAACGCAAGGUGUCUUCCUGGCCGAAGAGUUCCUUUUCCUCAUCAACAUGUGCCUGUCUGAGAUGUCGUCGAUGUGCGCCUGGCCCAUCGAAGCGCAGAUCCGGCGCGAGGUGAUCCACUUCCUUGCUCUUGGCCAAGGCACCUUUACUGAUGUGACCAAGAACAUCCCGGAGAAGUUCACCGACCAUGCCGCCUUCGAACGCACCUUAGCGCAGGUUUCGACCUUCCGCGCACCUGACGGCACGCACGAUUUCGGCAUCUUUGCGCUCAAGGACGAGUGCUACGCUGAAAUCCAGCCUUCCUUUUACCACUACACCCGCAAUCAGCGAGAAAAGGUGGAAGAGGUGCUUCGCGACCGUCAAAAGAAACGUCUUGCCCAGAGCAGCGGACGUGCUGUCUCUGCCAUCAAAGAUGAAGAGCUUCCGCCGUUGGUCCCGAGCCCUUCGCUUCACCAGCUUCGCGGCACUCUAUUUGGCCGAUUGGUCGAUGUUGUAUCGAAUGAUAUGCUCAUCUCUUUGCUUUUCCAGGCUCUGGACAACACGCGCGUUCUGUUCGUUUAUGCACCAGAUAUGCUCGUAGAUGCCGCGCUUCAGAUCAUCAUGAUCGGCUUGGUCGAUGACGCUGACCGCUUCGCGGCGAAAGCCGCUACGCUGCGCGUGUUGCAGCUCGAGGCCGAUGACAUCGAAGACGGGGAGCCAGAACGCCAUGGACCCCGCGAGGCGACGCUCGUCGAGCUGCUGUGCAGCAUCGAGCUUCUAGAAAAGUUCAGGCCGUUCAAGUCCAAGAUCACCUGGUGUCUAGAGAAGCUUGCGUUGCACUCUGAGAGGGCUCGAGAGGCUGUAAAAUCGCACUUUUCGGCCACAGGACGUGGCGUUGUCUCAGUUGGUGGCGCAGAGUCCGCAGCAGGUGGAGUGUCGAAGCAAAAGAGCGCUGAGGAAGCUCGACGAGCUGCUGCCAAAGCACGUCAAGCCGCAAUCAUGCAGAAGUUCUCCGCGCAGCAGAAGAGUCUGCUGGACCAGCUUGGCGCCGAUGACGAUGAUGACGACGAUGAAGGUGAAGUCGAUGCAGCUACUUCGUCUGCCGGUGCAGAAGCAAAGGCACCAAAGAGGAGCUGGGGCAGCUGUAUCCUGUGCCAAGAGAAUCUGGGGCCCGACAAGGCGUUUGGCAGUCUUGCCCACGUUCAGCCCAGUCGGAUGAUGCGCAUGACUCCAAAGCAGGACGCACCCAGCCUGCAGCAGGCCCUUGAAGCGCCACUCACCAUGGAUCGCAGCAACAGCGAUGGCAGGCGAAUCCAAGGCACGCCACCCAUGGGUAGAGCUGGCUUACCGCAGGCUUCCAAGGCGAGACAAGGACCUGCGUACGGCAGUUUCCCGCAGGAGGACCACCGGUUUGGAUUUUACGCAUCCACGUGCGGCCACCUCAUGCAUUUGCACUGCUUUGAGACCUACUGCCGGAGUGUCGAACAGCGUCAUACGCAACAGAUCGCUCGCAACCAUCCAGAGGACUUGCACCGUUCCGAGUUCAUCUGUCCGCUGUGCAAGAGUCUUGGUAACGUAAUACUGCCCGUUGCUGAUGUGGCUGCCUCGGCGGCUGACGGACAAGGUUCAGCAGAAGGCGUGUUUGCACCGUUUGAUUCGGUCACACCGGACGAGACACCGCUGCAGGAUUGGAUCCGCAAGAUCAACAUCGACAUCCUGAAGCACUCGUCCAAGACGAACCUCGCCGAUUAUCAGGAGACUGACCACGGCACUGGCGCUUUCCUGCCCUUCUUUGUCGACCAUUCGCAGACGUCGCUGCAGAUGCGCCUCGAGAUGUCGAGCAUCGACCGCUCAACAGGCCAAAUGAUCGAUCGACUCAUCAACGUGCUCAAGCCCAUGUCGCACUCGACGAAGGCGGCAAGGGAGAAACUGCAGCAGCACACGAUCCUGGCGCCGCAGGGCCGAAAAAUGUACAUUCCAGAGGAGCUGGUUGCCUACACGAUUGCGAUGCUCGAAGCGGCACAGCGAGGCAUGACGCCCUCGCCUUCGACGGACUGCGCUAUCCCUGUGGAGCAUCGGUCCGUGGCCGACGCCCUGAACGACUCGACGGUUGACCUGUUGCGAUCGUUGAUCCACUGCUUGCGCGUGUCGACGUUGACGUUCCACGAGGGAACCAAGGGUCCGGACAUCAUUCGUCGAGGUCUGCUGAAACGGCUGCUACCGCAUUGGGGUGGCGACGACGCAGUCCGCUCGCCUCUGCUGCUGCGCGACCCUGUGACAAUCUUGAUCGAAGCGGCCGUCGUGGCACCCGAAGCGCUGACGCAGUGCACGGCGCUCAUGUACUACGUCUGUCUGGUGCAGACGGUGUUUGGGCUGGCGCAGCCGUCGAUCUGGCCGCAAGUGUAUGGUCAUAUGGGCAAUCUAUUCGGGUCGACAUCUGCGCCUCGACCGGGUGCGGGUCUAAGGCCCGGGAACAUUAGCAAGCAGGACGUCGACGAGGCGAGAUCGAUCUUCCCCGAUGUGCGUUGGACUGUGGCCAAUAUCAUUGGUUUUGUCGGCUACGCCAGGGGUAACAUCACGCUGGGCUUCGACAAUCUGGACGAUGACACGCUGGCCAAGAUGAUCUGCAGCUACACAUUGCCCUUCCUGCGUCGGGCUGCGAUUCUGCGUCGCGUACUCGGGCUGUCGAGUGCUGAUGGUGCAACUGGAGCUUCGGAUAUGGAAGUGGGAGACGCAUCGCCGGGUGAGUAUCGCCGUCUUUUAGCGCAGCUGCAGAUUCCGCUGCCUUCGGUGGCUCUGCCGGUGCGUGCAGAAAAGCAGACGCCCAUGGCGAGUCUGGUGGAAGGGUGGAUCAAGCACGCGUAUGUCCCGCUGGCGUCGCUCUUCCGUCCCCUGCCUAUCCAGCCUUCGCCGCUCGGCAAUUCACUGUUUGGCGGCAGCUCGGCGUCCAACUCUGUAUCUCAUGAUCGACCUUCCUCCGCCAUGGCUAUCGCUGCUGGUGGGAGUGCCUCUGGCAGCGCAUCGCUGUCGAGCGGCAACCUAAGUCGUGCGGGUGCUGGGCCGCAGUCGCUCGCGUCGUCGUACCUGCAAGCGGCUGAAUCGCACCCGACGCUGCUGCUGGAGCAUCCGCAUAUCUACGAGCUGGCCAGGGUGCCAGCAGAUCUAGCGACGCUGCUGCAGGACACGCGGCGACGGCCGUGCAAGAAGUGCGGCAACGUUCCACCGGAGCCGGCGCUGUGCCUGCUGUGCGGCGAUGUGGUGUGCCUGCAGUCAUUCUGCUGUCAGUCCGAGGACGAUGGGGAGAGGGGCGAGUGCAACCAGCACAUGGACGUGUGUGGUGGGUCGACGGGAGUGUACUUCAAGAUGAAGAGCAACCUCGUGCUGCUGUUGUAUCAGGGGAACGGUACGUUCCACUUCCUGUCGCCGUACCUGGACAGCCAUGGCGAGAUCGACGUCGGGUUGCGCAAGGGUAGGCCACAGAAGCUGCACCAGCAGAGGUACGACGAGCUGAGGAAGCACAUCUGGGGGCAUGGCGUGGCGAACAUUGUGGCAAGGAAGAUUGAGGCUGCGAUGGACCAAGGUGGGUGGCAGACGUUCUAA